UUUUAUUCUUUGCAUAGAGCCGGCUAGAUCCGAACGUCUCGUCCACCAUGGCCUCUACUCUCGCCGACGAGAUCGUCAGCUCCAGCGCUGAACCAAUGUCUCCAGCAUCCGACCAGAUGCCUAUCGAGCAACCCCCAAAGUUGAAAGGCCGGAAGAGACUGUUGCAGAAUCUACAGCGUAUGUCCUCCAGCCCGUCGCUGGUACGACGAACGAGAUCCCAUUCUACCGGCUACCAAAGAGACCGCAAGGCGUCUCUUUCAUGUGUUUCAUUGUCACCGGCUCAAUGCUGGGGUGAUCCUACUACUUCAAUACCAGGCGAUCUUGAAUCCGCCUCUCCGUUAUCAACUGCUGGAAAUGCGCGAAUCCGCAUGAUUGGCGGUUCUCCUCGAAAUGCGUCGCAGACGACUGUGCCUCUUCCGGCGGACCUGAGACCAGCGUCGUCGUCUCGAAAUUUGCAGUUUGAACUCGCUGAGGAAGAGUCAGUUACUGUCAAUGUUGUUGAAAGGAAGACCCAAUAUGCGAAAAGAACGGUGGACUUUUGGAACGAUAUGCCCAAUGAAAUAAAAACAAAGAUACUCGGCUAUUUGACCCCCAAGGAGAUUAUCGACACUUCGGAGUUUUACAGCAAGAUCUCAAGUGGUGCUUUGAUGAAGAUUAUCACGACGGCGGGACCGUUUGUACGAGAUCUCAACUUGCGAGGGUGUGUGCAAUUGCGAGAGAAAUGGCUAUUUGAGGGCGAGGAGAUAUCUAGUGCCUGUCGCAAUGUGGUCAAUUUCUCUGUUGAGGGCUGUCGAAUCGACAAGAUCUCACUCAAUGGAUUCUUCCUGCGGAACGCUUCGCUGCAAUAUAUCAAUGUCUCAGGACUUUCCACCGUCACCAACUCUGCUAUGAAGAUCAUUGCCCAGACAUGUCCUCAAUUGGAGACACUGAUUGUGUCGUGGUGCUGUAACGUCGAUACCAAAGGUCUCAAAAGAGUCGUCGAAUCCUGCUCGAAGCUCAGAGACUUGCGUGCCGGAGAGAUUCGGGGAUUCGAUGACGAAAGUAUCAUGGAAUGUCUUUUCGAGAAGAAUACUCUAGAGAGACUGGUUCUCCAUCGCACAGAUGUCACAGACGGAAGCUUGAAAAUGCUCAUGGUUGGCAGAGAUCCCGAAAUUGACGUCUUGACGGACAGACCUAUUGUUCCACCACGCGUAUUAAGACACUUGGACAUCCAUCAAUGUACAAGCAUAACGGACGCGGGUCUUCGCAGUCUUGCCCACAAUGUACCCGCUCUGCAAGGUCUUCAGAUUUCCCAAUGCACGGAGCUCACAGACGAUUCCGUCGUCGAUGUGAUUCAGACCACCCCACAGCUGAGUCACUUCGAUAUGGAAGAUCUUGACAACGUCACAAAUAACCUUCUGGUCGAGCUAGCCAAAUCACCGUGCUCCGAUACUUUGGAGCAUCUUAAUGUCAGCUAUUGCGAUAGCAUCGGAGAUAUCGGGAUGCUGCAGGUGUUGAAACAUUGUCGCCAGUUGAGAUCUCUCGAAAUGGACAACACCCGAGUAUCAGAUUUGUGCCUAAUGGAAGCUAGUUCCCUCGUCCGUAAGAGGGGUUAUGGAACGGACCUACCCAAAGUCGGACUGCGCAUUGUGGUAUUCGACUGCGUCAAUGUAACUUGGGCUGGUGUGCGGGAGGUCUUAUCCAGCAAUGCUUAUAUACCUCGCUCAUUGAAAAACCAAGCCACAGUGACUGUCAAAGAAUCAAGAACAGACUCACCAUCCUCAUCGUCCUCGUCAUCCACUAGCUUACCACCCCCAGUCGUUGUCUCUUACUAUCCUAAGGAGAUUAUUGAACUCAAAUGUUUCCACGGUUGGCAAAUGACUGCCAACGAGCAUAACAAACGUGUCCUCCGCGGAUCUCUUGCAUCCGCAAACAAUCUUGAUCGCAAAUGGGCAGAUUAUAUGAUGGCGACAGAAGAAGCCGGCGCAGGGGGUGCAAACGCAAGACGACGCAGGCGCCGUGCGCGUGAAGCCGAACGAUUGUAUCAGUUUGAUGAAGAAGAAGAAGAUUUGAGUCUUGAUGUGUAUGUCGGAGGUAGACGUCGUGCCCGAAGCGGCGGAUGCACAGUGAUGUGA